AUGGCGGCGGUUUCAAUUCUUACUUCGGCUGCAGCCUUCGACAAGCAAUGUGAAAGGGUGGGCUUGGCAGCGGAUUGGAUUGCCGCCAUGAAAGCUUCAGGCAUCACUACGCUGGGCAAGUUGAGCUACGCAGUAUCGCUCCCAGGAACGCAACCGACGGCCGACGAGAUGGAUAGCUUCACUGCUACUUUGAGGCCCGGGGCGAGAGUCAAUUUGGGCGACAGCUCCGCAAUGAAACAGCUUAUCUUCGAAGCCCAGACCAUGACAGUGGCAGAGCUCCGAGCUACCAUGCAAUCCGGUGAGGAUGUGUCUCGGAAGCUUCCGGCAUCGGAGCGCUCAAUGCGCAUCGAGGAUCAGAAACAACGCCUCAAAGGCCUCCCGCUGGAGGGCCCUUUGUCCGUAGCCCAUUGCGUGUAUGACAAGCUCGCAAACAUGCGCGAGAACGACGAACUGAAGUACCUCUCCCCCGGCGAGUGCAUCACCCGUGAUGCUGAGCUGUGUUGUGAGAAGCCUCCCAAGGCCUUGCAGCUCGACGCUAAUAAGAUGGGCAUCGUGGUGAAGGAUGAGGAAGCCCUAGCCACCAUGUCAGUGGACAGCGAUUUGCAACUUUACCAGGCAAUGAUGAGGCGAGCCUUGGCCAUGGACCUUGUUGGUUUAGCUUCUUAUGAGACGGUGCAGAAGUGGAAUGAACGGCUCUUCCGCAUCAUGAGCCAGGACCCGCCACCGGAGUUCCAGAAGGUCUCGAGGGCACAGGUGCUGAGGGCAGAUCGGCAAUGUUUCUUGGAGCUUGCCCGCACGUGCAAUGGGAACCUGAAGCCUGAUGCAAGGGGAGUGCUCCCGCUCGACAAGGAGUUUGAGAAGCUGGAGUACAACCAAUCAGUCAUGUAUUUUCUGCUGCCUGUCAAAGGUAAGGGCAAGGGCUCCGGCAAGCCUGGCGACAAAGGCAAUGGAAAGAAGCGCACUAGCGACACACCAGGGGAUGGCAAAAAUAAGAAGUUGAAGAUCACCCGCGACCCAAUACCAGAUGCCUUGAAAGGGAUGCACUCGCGGACGCCUGACAACAAGCCCAUCUUGUGCACAGGUGAUCUCAUUGCACAUGCUGAUCCCGAAGAGUCUGAGGCACCUGUGCAACAACAGCGCCAGCCGUCAGCUGACGGCAAAUUUUGCAGUGCAAGCGCAUUUUGCGUUGAAGUUUUUGCUCGUCGUGCCUGCUUGUGUGGUUGUCUCCGAAUGGGGUUGCCGAAUUCCUUUGCAGUUGGCAAGGGUUGCUCACAGGCAGCCGCGGCACCGGUGGUUCCAAUGGAUAUUUUGUCUCCGGGUGGCCUUGCCCUUUGUGCGUCAUGGGCCCGCGAACCUUCAUGUGCUUGGGUGCAUAUCAGGUGCCCUCGUUCUAUAUUUCCAAAUCGUCAGAAAUCUCCGCAUCCUUCUUGUGACAAUGCUGACCGCUGUGUGUAUGCAAUCUCUCAGCUUUUGAAACACUGCAAUGAUACCGAAACGCCUUGGACGGUGGAAGCUGCAUCGAGGUCGUCGUUCUGGACAACUGACUUGGGUAAGAGCUUGAUUAAUUCUUCGGUUGACAUUGAUCUUAGUGCCUUUGGCUCCCCAACACCCGGUUGCAUUCGGUUUGCAUCCUCCCUGCCACUUGUCCUUCGAUCUUGUGCGAGCUUGGCGACUGCCAGUCGCCAAAAGUCUUCCACUGAUGUUGCUUUGGGGCAGCUCUACCGUGCGCUCGCAUCAGUCAUGCUCGAGCAUCUGCAUGUUCGCGCCCCGCAGGUUCCACCACUUGCUGCAGCUCAGGUUGCGACGGGGAUGCAGCCACGCAAGUUCCCUCUGGCCCCAGUUCCUGAAUUUAAGCGUUUUGUGCAAAUUGCUGUGCCGCAAUGUCCACCCUUGGACUCCAAGAACCGGCUGCUGACCACUCUUCGCGUGCAGGACACUGUUGUGCCUGCUGGUUCCAAGCUUGUGCCGCCUUUUUCUCGACUGGCUGCCGAUCGUGUAGAGGGGGAAGGUUUGAUCCGCAACCAGGUGCACCGCACUUCGCAGGCUGGAGCAUCGCUCGCCGAACACAAUCCAGACGCUUCGGACGCGUCGAGUGGUUUGAAUCAGGCAGCACCCCCCCUUUGUGGUUCCGCCGGUGCCCUCCCUUCCUCUUCGGGUCUAGUGGGUGCUGCCUGUGAUAGUGUUCAUCCCUCUUGCAAUGCCGAUAUGCCCCCUCGCAUGCUGUCUGUUGGGCGAGCAGCACCUUCCAGUUGUGGUUCUCCCGCCUUCCCCUUUUCCCCUUCGGGUGUAGGCGGUGCUGCUCCAUUAGCUUUAAGCCCCACAUGUUCAGGCUCGCUGGUAUGUGCGACCGAGUGUGAAGCAGAGAUGCUGGCCUCGAAUCUUGGUGCCAGAGUUGAUGCCAGCAGCCUUGUCAGCAUGUUCGAAACCUUACCAGCUGAAGUGCCAGCACGUGGCGUUGAUGAUGCUCGUGAGAAGGCUUGGACCGCGGGAGCUUAUUCCCAGAACAAGCUAUGUGGCCUGCGGAAGCACACCAGAGCUUUCCCUCGUGUUGUCUCUGCCGCGGUCAGGUACUUGCGUACAUGCUUCCCAGAUGCAUGCUUCGCGACGAUUGCCUUUUACUCCAACGUUUGCACUCCGAUGCACAGGGAUGCAAACAACUUGGAGGGCACGCUGAACUAUGUUGCUCCCCUCACAUCUUUCAAAGAUGGAGGCAUCUGGGUGCAGGAUGAUGAGGGCACUCACUCCCGGAUGACGCCAUGCGGCCAAUCCACAGGCCGUGUAUUGCAAGUCUGCGAGGGCCCCGUGCAUUUUGAUGCACACCGCUUUCAUUGCACCUUGCCUUGGCUCGGAUCAAGAAUCGUCCUGAUCGGCUUCACUCCGAGAAAUCUUUCGUCGCUGAAGCAGAGUGACACUAGACUUCUUCUAGACCUGGGCUUUCCGCUGCCGGGUCACAACCCCCCGAUCCUGCCAGCCAUCGCUGCGCCUCAGGUUGACGGGGCUGACACUCCACAAGUUGAGCUUGCUGAGGAGCGGGAUCGAGAGCUGUGUACCUUGACGUUUGGCGUGUAUCAUACUGAAAGCGAGUUCGUGCGUGCCGCCGUGAAGGCGGGUCACCCUAGAGCAAUGGUUGACUCGUUGCCAGCACAUCUUGAUUCUUGCAUAGAUCUAGUGUCGAAGGCCCCGCCGAGUGCCAUCGUAGAGCGGCGCAAGCAGUGGCUGGAUAAGUGGACCGCCCGCGCCGCUGAGAUAGGUGUGCGUCCCGACCCUAUCUGGGAAGUCGAGGACCCGCACAUGAGGGAGGUGCUGCGAAGCAAACGACUACAGCUGUUAGAUGAGAUUAUCGCGAGCGAGGGCUAUGAAGAUGUGAGCUUGGCCAGUGACAUAAGAUCGGGUUUCGACUUAGUGGGGACCUCGCCUGUGUCGAACGUGCUGCCUGGGAAAGUGUCUCCAGCAUCCCUUCACCCUGACGAUGUCAGCGCUGCCGCGGGUCGCGCAAAUGAAGCCCUUCAGAUGUCUCUUGGUUCAUCGGGGGAUCAUGCCACUGACUUGAAGUUGUGGGAAAAGACCAUGCAGGAGGUAGACAGGGGCUGGCUUGUGGGCCCAUAUGGUUGGGACGACCUGCCCGACGGGUAUGUCGUAUCGCACCGCUUCCCUUUGUGGCAACACGACAAAUUGAGGCCCAUCGAUGACUACAGCCGCAGCGGGGUGAAUGCAUGCGUGACCACCCUAGAGCAGCCCACAGUGGACACGGCGGACGUGGCGGCCGCCAUGUUUGCCAAGCUGUGCGAGGGACUCGGGAAGGCCAAGCGACCCUCCUGGAUCAAGGGCCGUUCUUUCGACUUGACCGCUGCAUAUAGGCAGCUGUGUGUCUCCACUGCCUCCAGGAAGUUUGCUGUGAUUGCCGUUUACAACCCUCACACGGGGAAGACAUGCCUUUUCACACAGAUUUGCCUCCCGUUCGGUUCCCGAGCAUCGGUCAACGGCUUUAUCAGGUGCUCUCGGUGCAUCCAAUGGUUAGCGACGCGCUGCCUCCUUGUACCGACGACUUCAUAUUACGACGACUUCAUAGUAGCAUCGCCCGACUGCCUAGCAGACAAUGCAGGAAGCACGAUGGAGCUACUGUUCCAGCUGUUAGGUUGGGUGUUCGACACAGUGGGCCCGAAAGCCGACACCUUCUCUCGGGAUGUCUCGGCUCUUGGAUUGCACUUUGACUUGUCUGAGAGCGGGGGUGGUGUCGUUAUCGUGGACAACACCGAGAAGAGGAAGAGGGACAUCCAUGCUUUGGUUUCGGACGUGCUUGCCAAGGGCCAGCUCUCUUACAAAGGUGGCAUGGAGUUGCGUGGCAAACUUGCUUUUGCAAACUCGCAGGUUAUGGGUAAAGCCGGGCACUACGCCCUCAAGCAUGUCAGCACACACGUGCAUGCAUACCCUUUCAUGCCGAAGUUGAGUGCUGCCACGACCGACGCAUUGAGCUUUCUGAUGGCUCGCAUACUUGAAGGACAACCCAGAAGGAUUCAUAAGCCGCUAGGCCUGCCAUGGUUCGUGUACACUGAUGCCAGUUUUGAGCCUGACUAUACCGGAGGUUUAGGUGGUGUGCUGAUCUCGCCUUCGGGUUCCGUAGUCGGGUGGUUUUCACUGCUCCUGGAGUGCGCCGACAUUCGCCCUUUGCUGCCCUUGAAAGCGGAGACAGGCAUCGGCGAGUUGGAAGCGAUAGCGGUUGUACUUGCAUUUCAGCUGUGGGAGGAACACUUGAAGUCCACCGAGUGCGUGGCAUACCUUGACAACGAAGGCGCACGAUGUUCGCUGAUCAAGGGCUGCUCAUCGUCUUGGUCUAUCACGCGGAUCUGUCACAUCUUCGCUAAGACUUGUGAAUCGCACACGGCCCAAGCGUGCAGUGGCAGACCUCUGGUGUUUGAGUUUCCCGAGGACAAGAACGACCUCACCGGCGGCGAGCUCGAAGAUUUCCUUGAAAUGUAUGAUAGCCACAGCGAUAGCCAUGAUGGAAAACGCCGCAUCGUGCGUAUCAAUGCCCGAGAGAACUCUUCCCCCGACCUCUCGCUUCCUCAAGGAGAUCGAGCCAGUUUUCUCUUCGAGUCCUACAUGGCCUCCGGAGGCGCCCGUGGAAGCGACGAUCCUCCGCCAGAAGUCCUACAGCGAGGAGCUGAAGCCAUCUCUUUCACGAAGGGAGAGACAAUACCUGGACCAGUACAAAGCUCUCUCAAGGGACUGCACCAAAAUCUCGGGCACGCAAGCCCAAACGAUAUGGCCCGGCCCGACACCUACGUCUUGCCGGAGCUGACCCUGCAACCCGCGAGCAUCCCCAACCUCCUGGAGUUCAACCAGGUGGUCGCCUUGGACGCUUUUACCACCUACGACGCUUUUGACGACAAGGUGGAGUUGCUCAUGGCGGUGGACCUUGGGACUGGUUUCUGUUUGGCAAGCGAGCUUGAUGGUCAUUCGGGAAAGGCCAUGGAAGCCACCUUUUGUCGGAUGUGGAGCCAAACUUUCGGAGCACCCGGCACUCUGGUGCUCGACCUGGAGACAGGCCUUCAAGCAGGACUCGCACGUUUCUCCGAAUGGCACGGGACACUGUUGCGUCCCAUCGCUGCUCAAGCUCAUUGGCAGCAAGGCGUUGUCGAAAGGUGUAUCCGGACUUGGAAAGAAGUCUGGGUGAGGACCGUCGAUGACAAGACUGUCACCCGGAAAGAGGCCCCACUGGCCAUCACCUCGGUGAACUCGGCGAUGAACACCCUCAGGCGCCAAAGUGGGUUCAGCCCUUCUCAGGCAGUAUGGGGACGAGAUCCUCGACUUCCCGAAGACCUCAGCGACCACCAGCUUUCAGAACACUUCCACCACGUCCUCUCCAAAGACAGAGUACAAGCACGGGAACACACUUUGCGCGUGGCCGCCAAGGAGUCCUUUUUCAAGGUCAAGAACGAUGAAAAGCUUCGCCGCGCUCUACUGCAACGGACAAGAGUUUCUGGAAGCGACCUCGAGAUCGGCAUGCACGUCUUCAUGUACCGGAAGCCCAAAGAUUCUAAGAACUGGAAGUGGUUCGGGCCAGCUACUGUGAUAGGGCGCGAAGGCGGGAACUACUGGGCUUCUUUCGCGGGCCGGUGUCACUUGAUUGCCCCAGAGCACAUCAGGAUUGCGACUGGAGAGGAGAUAGGAGCUGCUUUUACGUUGCGGGCGACAAAGGAAGACUUGGAGAAGCUCCUGGAGGUGCCCUUUGCCGACGAAGAGAUCUUUGCUGGAGAUGACGGCGACCAAGGCGACGACGAUCUUGCGCUACCUCCUGGUGACGGCGAUGCUAUGGACGACCAGGAACCUGAAGAGGAGGGAACCGCUUUCCCCCCUGUAGCCAAGAGAUACCGCACGAAAGGACCUCAAGACGCCGAGGACGACAUCUUCGAUGAGCUGCUGGUCUCCACCGUGGGCCCCAAGAACAAGGACCUCCAGACCGCCUACAUGAUGAAGCUCCCCAAGACGCCCCGCGCCAAGGAGAACGCUCUGGAGAAGGAAAUUCCCUGGAGCCUUAUACCUGAAGAUCAACACGAGGGCUUCAGGGCCGCCGAGAGAACCCAGUAUGACGAGCACAUCCAGCACGAUGCACUGGAGCCGCUUUCCGUCGAAGAGAGCAGGGAAAUCUUGAGGACUAAGCAUGACAGAGUACUGAGCAGCAGGUUCGCGUACAAGGACAAAUUCUGGUCCAAGCGAAAAGAACAGCCGGACAUCGGCUGGAAGCACAAAGCCAGGCUAGUGAUUGCCGGGCACCGCGACCCUGACUUGAUGAACGGUCUCAACACCCAUGCUCCUACUGUUUCCCGGCAAGGAAUCCUCCUCCUUCUGCAGAUCCUCGCCAGCAACCUCCACCGUGGAUGGACAGGCCAUGCCGGCGACGUUUCAGCGGCUUUUCUGUGUGGCGAGAACCUCCUAAGAGAGCUUUUCCUCAAGCAACCCCGCUCCGGGCUUGGGGAUCUACACCCUGAGCAAUUGCUACGCAUCAAGAAGCCUAUCUUCGGGCUGGUUGAUAGUCCGGCAGCCUGGUGGGGAAAAUUCCGAAAGUCUUUGACGAGUACGAGAUUGCAUGGGGAGCACGGGCGCGUAUGGGUGAUAAGCAACUGCUCCCUGGACCAUUGCAUUUUCAUUGUCCAAGAAGAGAUCACUGAUGGAGAAGGACGGCGAGUGCUACGAGAACCCGAAGCCUACAUGGGGGUCCACGUCGACGAUGUCCUUUUGGUGGGCGACAACGACCUGUGCCGCCUCAUCCAGAAGGAGCUCAGCGCUCAGUUCCCCAUCAAAGAGUGGGAAAGUGGAUCGUUUGAGUACGUCGGAUCCUACAUUGACAUCAAGGAGGACAUGAUCAUGGUGUCGCAGGCGAGCUACACGACUACGAGGCUUUUCGAGGUGGAGGUGCACAUGCAAGGAACAGAGCGACGAGGACCCCGCCAGCGAAGUCCAGAAGCACGACAAUAUGUCCUUGAUAGGUGCUUUGUCAUGGCUAGCUAG